GUUGGACAAGACUCCGACAAGACCACGACAAGACUCGGUGGAAGAUAGUGGAAGAAGGAAAGGUGUUUGUUUGUUUCGGACGAACCAGUUUUACUUAAACAAUAUAUCACGGGCCCAAGUCCCGUUCGGCAAACUACUGACAGGUACCUGGCGCAACCAGCACAAAGUCCCGGCUUGUGACGACGAACCGAACCUCCUUCGACACCUCCAAUAGUUCACCGGCGCAAAGAUUGAACAGUCGAACUGGCCAGACAUUGGCGGGCGAGCAAGAGAUGAGUAACGCUGCCGGCGGCAGCAGCCGCAAGAGCAGCGUUGUCAGUGGCUUUCACGGGGAGCGCGCAGGAGGGGCAAGUUCAGACACAGUCGGCUCUCUUCUGGCCGCCAUUGGGACAUGUCUGACAGAUGCGCUGCGACUAUUCAUGUUUGCCGACAAGCGUCACUGGGGACCCGACGAGUUCGAACAAACGCGCGCGUUGGAGGACGCACUCGACGAGGCAAAGAAGGACUUUCAGGAAAUGGGACAGCUGGUGCGCGGCCAGUUCUACUACGAGAACGACAGGAUACCCGAAUCCCUCAACGAACUCCGCCUCCUCCUCGCCCAGUUCCAAGAACACUACGAAAACCUCAAAUCCUGGGCCCGUCAAGGCGGCCCGAUAAACCCCAUCUGGGCGCGCGACACCUCCUCCCUCCGAAAAGACCUCCACCGCGCCCAAUGCCGCGCCGCCCGACGAAUCUCCCUGAUAGCAGAACAGCCCACCCCCCGCUGCCUCGGCGCAACACAAGUAUACCGUCUCCAGAAACGAAACGAAGCAGAAAGGUUACGCCUCCAGAAGCAGAGAGAAGCCCUGCCGCCCUGGCAGCAGCAGCAGCAACAAUCCCAUCAUCACCAACGCCCAGAUCACAACAUCCAAUCCCCCACCUCCCCGGACAGUACCAUGCCCCAAAUCACCACCAAACACCACCCCCUCCGCCACCCCCCCUCCCUCGAAUCCCUCGUUCCAAAAUGCAACCAAAUCGGCCGGUUCCAACGCCUCAACAGCGGCAACCCCUCCGAGUCCCCCUUCAACGACGCAGCCUUCAUCUGCGACUUUUGCAACGGCUACCUCGUCUGGCCCGACCUCCGCACCAUGCCCUCUGUCAGAUCUACCCUCCCCCAACAACCCCCACCAGACCCAUUAUCACCAGCAUACGACUCCAAAACGGUCAACAAUGGCUACCCCCACUGGCAAGCCUCCGGGCUGUCAUGCACAGCCAACGAGCCAAAGACACUGGUGUUUGCGCCGUUGGCGAUAGCGAACCACAUGCCCCCCGAGCCGGGGGAGUGGCAGGCGGGGAUUAUAUGUCCCUACUGUGAAGAGGACACUUAUUUGGACGAGGGGGAGGACUCGGGGGAGAUGAAGUAUGUGAUGGACGACAAGGGGUUUGGGAGCGUGGAGGAGUUUAGGGAGCAUUUGGAGUGGUAUCAUACUGCGAUGGCGGUGCCGAAGCUGGAGGAUGUGGUGCCCGAGGUGGUGAGGGGGAGUUGUGGGGUUAUGUAA